UUAUAUUGGAGAAGGAAGCAGGCGAAAACCCAGCACCGCUUAACUGACAUUCACGUAGUAGAACUAAAAUCGAAAGAAACUUGGUAAGAUAGAAAAAAGGAAAGCGUAAAACGCGGAAGAUACCUCGUGCGCAGUAAAACCGCCACUAUGCAGCAGUCAUUUGAAUCUACUAAGGGAGUUCCCAGGGCGCAGCUAGAAGGCAAGUCUGUCCUAGGGGCUACCGCAGGCGCUUUCCACGGCAGCAAGGAGCAUGAACGUAGAGGGAGGAUUCCCAGGGAUACGGCAAUUCAAAUUGGAUCGGAAACUGGAAGGGAAGCAGAAUUUGAUGGCUAUAAAGUUCGCGGAGUAAGUGUAGUAGAGCUCAAGUCGUUUUUUGAACCCAACAAAAGUGAGAGCUGCAAUAGACGUUCCCAUCAAAUCUCACACUGUAAGCAGAUGCCUAAAGAAAGACGCAGGUCAAAGGAGGUCGGGCAGUUAGGUCCUGCAAAAGACAGGAGAGCGAACCGAAAACCAACCGAAGUUUUAAAUGGGAUCGCACUGAUGACAGAUCAAGUAAUCUCCGCUGGGUCUGAAUCUAAACCGAAGGAGGAACUGGGUGACACGAGAUUGCGCUGUGUCCCGCAGGUAACAAUAACCCCCGAAGUAGGUGGGUGUCCCAGGGAGAUGCAAGAGGAGGACUGGAACGACGUGACUGGUCGUCGUCGCCGAAAGUUGUCAAACUCUUCGCUUUCUUCAACAGGUUCCUCCACAGUGUUGGAGGAAUCCGAAGAUGACAUUCUUAGUGACAACGAGAACAAGAGUAAAGGGAUCAUUACUUUAGAACACGCGGAGGACACAAACACAACGCGGCCCUGGUGGAAGCUCAAGACCAUCGUCCACUGGCCCUUUGUCACCUCGCAGCGCAGGCGCCUCUCCUGGGUCCAGCUCGCCGGACAUAAAGGGAGCUUCAAAGCUGGUGAGGAAGGCACCAUCCUGAAGAAGCUGUCAGAGAAUGAAAAGCUCUGCUUUGAGCAGUUUAGGGGCGAUGCACUGCAGGCCUUUGUUCCGGGGUACCAUGGGGUGGUGGAGAGGGAUGGAGAGAGCUUCCUGCAACUGACAGAUCUGCUGGGGAACUUUGACGGGCCAAGUGUGAUGGACUGCAAAAUGGGUGUGAGGACAUACCUGGAGGAGGAGCUGGUCCGUGCCCGGGAGAAGCCAAAGAUGCGGAAGGACCUGUACGACAAGAUGCUGGAGGUGGACAGCCAGGCUCCCACCCCAGAGGAGCACCGGCUGCACGGUGUCACGAAACCCCGCUAUAUGCAGUGGCGGGAGACCGUGAGCUCCACCCACACUCUGGGCUUCCGCAUUGAGGGCGUUAAGAGACCAGACGGGACAUGUAACACAGACUUCAAGAAAACACGCUUGAAUGAGGAGGUCAUCCAGGUUUUCACAGACUUUGUGGCAGGGGACCGAAACAUCAUCAAAACCUACUGUAGGAAGCUGGAGGAGAUACGCAAGGCACUGGAGGCUUCAGAUUUCUUCAAGAAACAUGAGGUCAUUGGGAGUUCACUCCUCUUCAUCCAUGACCACACUGAGAGGGCUGAGAUAUGGCUCAUUGACUUUGGCAAGACCACUGCCCUUCCUGAGGGAAAAACCCUGAACCACCUGGUAGCCUGGCAGGAGGGAAAUCGUGAGGAUGGCUACCUCUGGGGGCUGGACAACCUUCUUCAGCUGCUGAGUUCUUUGGCUAAGGCGUGAACUUUCACUCUGACCUUUUCACCUGGGGGACUCCUCAUGGACAGUCCUUAUGCCUAUCUUCUUUAGCUGACUGCGUUAGCAGGAUUCAAGGACAAACAAAGCCUUCACCUGAAUGAAAAACCAUACAGGCAAGCUUUACAGUUGGCAAUGUUCAAACUGCUUCAUAAAAAACACGGCUGUCAAUAUUCCCCCCCAAUAUAGGUCUGCAGAAUGUUAUACAUAUGUUAUGAUACAAUGUUAUGACAGUGUCACCAUUCACCCUGGGGUUCUGCUACUGGAAUUCAAGGACUCAAACCAAAAGGCUAAGGGCUGGAUUUGUACAUCAUAGGUUUGUAGAUUGUGUGAAAAUUCACUGUUCUCUGAUUAAUUUACAGGAUAAACGCAUAAAAUGAUACUUAACAGUUUCCAAUUUCACACUAAAUGCUGUCAUAAACAGCACCAUCCAUGUGAA